CCUUGGGACGUCACCACACCAAAGAUGCGUGCACCAGACCAAGAAAAGCAGAGAUAGAGAGGCAGAGACAAAAGUACAAUUUUGACCCCAAAGAUCCCUUUUAUUAUCAGCUUCUCUCCUCACCUCUUCAGAGUCGCAUCUCCUCUCCUGUCCUGCAGACUUUUGAGUUGUUCUUCCCAUCAUCAGGCAUUAGUAGUAGUAGUAUUAUUCUUGGUGUGGAUCUAGGGUUUCUUCUUUUCUUCCUCGUAAAAUAUAUAUAUACACUUGCAAAAGUCGUACGAAAAGCGAAAGUCAUCAUCGUCAUCAUCAAUAUUCACAAAAUUUACAUAUGCAUAAAUUUCUUCGAAAAUUCACUUCAUCGUCGGUCGGACGAGAACACGUCAUCAACGAGUACAAUUUCGUCAUCAUCGUCACCAACAAGAAUCAGAAGAAAAGCAAAGCAUAGCAAAAGCAAGCUCCUUUUUUGUUCGACCAGAUCUAAGAAACCCUAAUUUUACCAGUUUGAUUAUUAUAUAUACUUUCUUGGGAUUUUUUUUUAAUCUUUUCUGGAUUGAAAAACCUGGAAAAAUCGGACCGUUGAACUUCCAAGAGGAAUUACCACUACUGAGAUGAAAAAAUGGGACCGAUUUACUUGAUUUUUGAUUUUUCCACAAAAUCAAAGCGAAGGAAAGCCAAAUCCCUACCUCAUUGGAUGAAUCCGGAUAAAUCGGCAUCAAAUUGAUACUUUGAAUAAUUUGUUCAUUUUGUGGGGUUCUAUUUUUAAAUAAUGGCGGCGGCGGUGGUGGUGAAUUUGAUAGAAGGGGAAAGAGUACUGGGGGAAGUGGAAGUGUAUAGUAUUGAUGAUCAGAACGGUGUCGUGUGGGACAGGGACGAAAUUCGGAUCUCUGAGUAUUCUCAGUCAAGUGAAAGGUGUCCGCCACUGGCGGUGCUGCAUACUGUUACUUCUUCUUCGUCAGACUCAGGCGGGCUUUGCUUCAAACUGGAGUUGAAAGACAAGUCUCAACAGAAUUCGCCGCUUUCCAUUUUGCACGCCACUUGUCUCAGGGAAAAUAAGACUGCAAUAAUGCCACUUGACGAGGAAGAUGAACUUCAUUUGGUUGCCAUGCAUUCUAGACAGCAUGAAGGACAGUUCCCUUGCUUUUGGGGAUUCAUUGUUGCAUCUCGACUUUACAAUUCUUGCCUUGUCAUGCUGAACCUUAGAUGUCUUGGUAUUGUGUUUGAUCUUGAUGAAACACUCAUCGUGGCCAACACAAUGCGCUCUUUUGAGGAUAGGAUUGAAGCCUUACAGCGGAAGAUAAACUCCGAGGUUGAUCAACAACGUGUUUCUGCUAUGCUGGCAGAAAUAAAGCGUUAUCAGGAUGACAAAAAUAUACUGAAGCAAUAUGCAGAAAAUGACCAGGUUGUUGAUAACGGGAAGGUUGUCAAGUCUCAGCCCGAGGUUGUUCUUGCUUUGUCAGACAAUCACCAGACCAUUGUUCGCCCACUUUUAAGGCUUCAGGAGAAGAACAUUAUCCUUACUCGCAUUAAUCCUCAAAUCCGUGAUACAAGUGUACUUGUAAGAUUGAGGCCUGCAUGGGAAGAUCUCAGAAACUACUUAACCGCAAGAGGUCGAAAGCGUUUUGAAGUGUAUGUUUGCACAAUGGCUGAAAGGGACUAUGCUUUAGAAAUGUGGCGGCUCCUUGAUCCUGAUUCAAACUUGAUUGACCCGAAAGAGCUAUUGGAUCGUAUUGUCUGUGUCAAGUCUGGCUUGAGGAAGUCGUUGUUCAAUGUUUUCCAACAUGGAAACUGUCAUCCUAAGAUGGCAUUGGUGAUUGAUGACCGGUUAAAAGUGUGGGAUGAAAAGGAUCAACCUCGAGUGCAUGUGGUUCCUGCCUUUGCUCCUUAUUAUGCUCCUCAAGCUGAAGCCAACAAUGCAAUUCCAGUUCUCUGUGUUGCAAGGAAUGUAGCGUGCAAUGUCAGAGGUGGUUUCUUCAAAGAAUUUGAUGAGGGUCUCUUGCAACGAAUUUCUGAAGUUGCAUAUGAAGAUGAUAUUAAAGAAAUUCCUUCUCCUCCUGAUGUGAGCAACUAUUUAAUCUCAGAGGAUGAUCCUUCCGCUUCAAAUGGAAACAAGGAUUCACUUGGUUUUGAUGGCAUGGCAGAUGUUGAGGUGGAAAGAAGAUUAAAGGAGGCAAUUUCGGCUUCCUCCACUGCUCCUUUGGCAAUUCCAAAUUUGGAUCCAAAAAUUGUUGCCACAGUCCAAUAUGCUGUACCUUCUUCUAUUUCUGUGCUGCAACCAACGAUGUCAGGGCCAGUGGUUCCCUUUCCAUCUCAGCAGUUGUCUCAAGUGACUUCUGUCCUUAAAAAUCCUAUUAAUCAAACUAUUCUUCCUCCAGAAGCAAGCUUGCAAAGUUCUCCUGCUAGGGAAGAGGGUGAAGUCCCAGAAUCAGAGUUAGAUCCUGAUACAAGGAGGAGACUACUCAUUUUGCAGCAUGGUCAAGACUCAAGGGAGCGCACAUCAAGUGAACCUCAGUUUCCUGUACGCACACCAUUACAAGUCUCUGCACCGAGGGCUCAGGGACGUGGUUGGUUUCCAAUUGAUGAAGAGAUGAGUCCAAGACAACUUAACAGAGUUGUACCACCAAAGGAUUUCCCUCUGCGCUCAGAACCUAUGGAAAUUGAAAAGCACCGUUCCAGUCACUCUCCUUUUCUCCAAAAAGCAGAGAGUGCUGUCCCGCCUGAUAGAGCUUUUCUUGAAAACCAGAGGAUGCUGAAGGAGACACUUCCUAGAGAGGAUCAUUUGAGAUUAAACCAGCCAGUUGCCAGUUUCCCAUCAUUUUCUGGUGAAGAAGCUUCCAUGGUUCGAUCAUCUUCAGCGAAUAGAGAUCUUGACCUUGAAUCUGGACAAAUUGAUCCACAGGCUGAAACACCUAUUGGAGCUUUGCAUGAUAUUGCAUUCAAAUGCGGAACAAAGGUGGAGUUCAAGCAAGCAUUGGUUUCAAGCUCGGAGUUGCAAUUCUGUGCAGAGGUCUGGUUUGGGGGAGAGAAAAUUGGUGAAGGGAUAGGUAGGACCAGAAGGGAAGCACAGCGUCAAGCUGCUGACGGUUCACUUAUGAAUUUGGCUGAUAAGUAUAUAUCAUCUCUCAAACCUGAUUCCAGCUCUGUUCCUGGGGAAUGGCGUAGAUUCCCAAAUACAUCCAACAAUGGUUUUGCCAACGAUUUUAGUUCUUGGGGGUAUCAACAAUUGCCUAAGGAGGAGCCCGGGUCAUUUUCUACUGCAUCCAUGCCUCCUAGGGUUCUGGAUUCGAGAUUGGAGGCGUCCAAGAGACCUGUGGGUCCAAUUGCUGCCCUUAAAGAGCUGUGUUCAAUGGAGGGCCUUGGCUUAGCUUUCCAAACUCAGCCUCAGCUUUCAGCUAAUCCUGGCCAAAAGAAUGAAGUGUAUGCACAGGUUGAAAUAGAUGGACAGGUGUUAGGAAAGGGAAUUGGGAUAAACUGGGAUGAAGCAAAAUCACAGGCUGCUGAAAAGGCCCUUGGAACCUUGAAAUCAAUGCUUGGUUCAUAUGGUCACAAGCGUCAGGGCUCUCCCAGACCAUGGCAGGGGAUGUCAAGCAAAAGAUUGAAACCGGAGUUUUCCAGGGUUCUGCAGCGGAUGCCAUCUUCUGCAAGAUAUCCAAAGAAUGCUUCUCCCGUACCGUAAUUCUUCAUGUCCUAAUUGCACCUUGGCAGUAUAGCAUCUGCAGAGAGACUUGUAGCUUAUGCGGUGACACCAGAGAAUUUGGGAGCAAUGAUUAGGUCAUGUUCCAACCAACUGUUUUAGAUCAGUUUUACAGGCUGCUGCUGAUAUAGUUGCAAGUUUUUGAAGACAAGGGAAAUGCUUUGCCAUAUUGCUGCCGUUCAAAAUUGUACAUGUUGCAGGACGUUCGUGGACUACUACCGUAGGAGUUUGUUGCGCGAGGGUGCAAAAGGCCCUCACAAGCCAAUUGGGAAGCAAAACGAGACGGGCACUGUGUAUAUCUUCUUUUCUGACAUUGAAUGCAGCCGUGAGCCAUGAAUGUGGUAGAGCUGUGUCCCUCGAAUUUGUGUUCGAGGUGGUUGUAUAAUUAUACCGGGAAUAUGGAACGCUUUCAUCGGGUGUAGAACGUGGAUUUUGGAGAGGAUUCACUGAAUGCUAACAGUACAUUGGUUCAAUGGUCUGGCUCCUAUUUCACUUUCUGGAUGAAAGAUGAAAGUGAAAGUUUUGUUCAGUUUUAGGAGCUCUUUCUUGUUGAUGUUGAUGUUGUGCAGGGUCACUGAUCUGGAUGAUACAUUCCAUUUCACUUGGCCAAUCCACCCCAGCCCAAUGAUAAAUUGGCUUUUUCGUCA